UACUAAUAUUAUUAUUAUAUGGUAUUAAGAAAUUUUUUAAUUAUAUAAUCAUCGAAGACGACGAUAAUUUGACAAAAAGCGUAUAAGGAUAUCUGAUUGAAAUUUGUCGACUUCAAGGACAUCUCGUUAAAAUAUUCAAUCUAAACGUAGUACUCGUUGGACAAACGUCCCUUACGUAUUGGCACACGAACAUCCGUUUUACAUUUUACAUUAGAAAAAUAAUUCACUGUUGAAGCUUGCGCAAUUAUUACGUUAAAAGAAACGUGUGAUUCGUCAAAACAGACAGAUAGAUAGUGAAUAAGAGAAAGAGAGAGAGAGAGAGAGAGAGAGAGAGAGAGAGAGAAAGAGAAAAAGAGAGAGAGAGCGCUACGUUUUUUCUCUCUCUCCUUUUUCUUUUUUUUUUCUUUUUUUAUAAGAAGAAACGCCAGUGGGAGAAAAUAAAUGGCCGAAGGAGUCGUCUUUCAGUCGUUGGAUCGAAGAAAUAAUUAGAACUGGAUGAGUACAAUGAAAGAACAAGCUGGGCCUUCUAGGCCUUCCGGGUCUGCUACAGAAGAAAAAGAAAAGGAUGAUAGAAUGUUUGAAUGUAAUAUUUGUCUCGAUACAGCCAAGGAUGCGGUUGUUAGCAUGUGUGGACAUUUAUUUUGUUGGCCUUGUUUACAUCAGUGGCUAGAAACACGUCCAACACGACAAGUAUGUCCAGUUUGCAAAGCUGCUAUUAGCAAAGAGAAAGUCAUUCCAUUGUAUGGACGUGGAGCAACAAAACAUGAAGAUCCAAGAAAUAAUGUUCCACCUCGUCCGGCUGGACAAAGAUCGGAACCAGAAACCAAUUUAGGAUUUUCUGGAUUUGGAUUUGGUGAUGGUUCAUAUAUGUCUUUUGGCAUUGGAACAUUUCCAUUUGCAUUUUUCACAUCAACAUUUAAUUUUGGAGAGACCCGACCAAGUGCUGCUCCACGAGGCACUCCACAAUAUGAAGAAGAGCAUUUCUUAUCUAAGAUAUUUCUAUGGUUAUCAAUGAUAUUCAUUUGCUGGCUGUUAAUGGCAUAACACUUUUUUAAGUCUCGCUGUAUGUCUCGUAAUUUUUAAUAUUAUUCGGUCAGUCCAUUAUACGUGUGCUCAUACAUAAUUUUCCCCUAUUUGUAAUAAUCUUUGUUAAUCGUAUUAUAACUAUACCCCUGCUUAGAUAAAUAAAUAUAUAAAUAGCUACUCUAUUAUCUUUUCAUUUUUUUUUGUUUGUUUCUUUCUUUUUGGUUUCUUUUUUUUUUUUGUUUUUAUACUUGAUGACACACGUUGCUCAAAAUUUUUUUUUUUUUUUCAAAUUGUCCAAGCUUGAUUCUACUAUUUUGUCUAGUAUUUUAAUUGUUUUGAAAGUUUAUUAUAUACAUGUGUAUAUGUGAUAAUUAUUAAUUUGCAAAAUAUUAUUUGACGUUAUCUAUUAUAGAAAGUAUUCUGAGUGUGCUUUUGGCAUCGACAUGUGGUAUAUGCGCGUUUAACAUUAAAUAAAUCCUGUUGCGUUAAAUGCAACAUAGAAAAAAGUACUAUCAUAGUAGUACAUUCCGAAUACAUGCCUUUCUUAUCUUUUUUUUUUUUU